GUGGUACAGAGAGUUAAAAGCUAUUUACUUUUCCAUCACUGAAAAGCCCUUUAACCCAAUAGGGUGAACCUGUGGCUCUCAACCUGCAGUUGGACUCCAACUAGGUUUGAUAGCUCAGCAACCUCACAAGGACACAAGUUCUCUUAUAGAAAAUGUGCAGAUCCAUAUAAAACCACCUAAUGGGCAUCACUGCUGUUCUCAUUAUAUAGACAGGGGAUAUGGCUGUUUAAUGUAUUGUAGAGUCAGAUAGCAAAUAUAACAUGUUAGGACAGGAGAAUCCUGGGCAAGUUAUACCUCAAAGAGCAUGCCUGGGGACUUUCCUGGUUCUUCUCCCUAUAGCUUUUCCAUGUGUGGAUUUAUAUUUUACUCACAUCCAUAAAAUCACAAUUUGCAUAUGAUUUUAUUUGAGUGGAACGGUAUGUUUCAGUUGUGUUUUAUUUAUGCAUAUUGGCUGCCUUUGGAAGGCUUUGCCCUGAAAGCUAGCAUAGACAUAGGUAUUUUAAAAAUGAGUAAGAACCACUUAUCUGAUGCAGGAUGUAACAUCCCAAGAAUCACCAUUUUAAUUUAUAAGCUAGAGCAAGUUUCUACUCCGCUCUCUCAAAUAAAUCUAUUUUCCAGGGCAAAAAACAAACCCAGUCUCACAACUUCCUGUGUUUCUUGGCCACAUGGACUGAAGUCACAGAGCCCAUUCAUCUCAUGCCCAUGUAGGAGUUUAUGCUCAGAUUGUCGCAACACUCAUCAGAGAUAAUUUAAAAGCAGACUCUUUUCAAAUACCACCAGAGGGAGGGAAAUCAAGGGCAAAGGGGACUUAUGUCAGUGUUUCCUGCUUUCCAGAUUGCUGAAUCAGUAUAUUUUUAGCUGUAAAUUAUACCCCUGGCUGAAACAAAAGGAGGAAGCCCCAACACCCUUACUGUUUGCUUCCAGAGACGCCAGUUAUCUACUUUCUAGAGGGGUAGCUGUGCUACUACUGCAUUAUGGCUCAGCAUUGGUGUGUGGCCUUUACUCUGUCAGUACUGUGGAUCAUUGCCAGCCCAGAGGUCCUGGACCGUUCCCAAUGCCCCAUCGGUUGCAGCUGCUCUUUCACAGACGGGUUUAUUCGGUGUUCCAAUGCCAGCCUCUCCUCUCUGCCCACUGGCAUCCCACAAGCCACAGUGGAGCUUGAUCUGCAGUUCAAUCAGCUGGACAGCCUGCUGGCAGCCUCUUUCCCAGAUUUGCCCGAGCUCACCACGCUUUUCCUUGGGAGCAACCAAGUGCGCCGGAUUGAAGCGGGAACCUUUCUCGGUGUGAAGAAUUUAUACCACCUCCACUUGGACAACAAUCUCCUCGAAGAGAUCCCAGAAGGGGCAUUUGAAAACCUGACCAAUCUAGUCUUUCUGCACCUGGAGCACAAUCGGAUUGCUUACCUUUCACCAGGUGCAUUCUCCUCUUUGAAGCGACUGAGUCUCCUAGACUUGAGUCAUAACCUGUUGACUGAACUUUCAGACGAGGCCCUUGGUGGUCUCCAGCAGCUACGCAAACUUCACCUCAGUGCUAACCUUAUUGCCAACUUGUCAGCCAGAGCUCUCCCGGGCAACAUGCGCAUCCUCUACCUCGACUGGAACAGGCUGAAAAGUGUGCCACUUGCCGUCCGCACCUCUGCCACUCUCUCCAGCCUUUAUCUUAGUGGCAACCCAAUCCAGGAGCUGACAUCUCUCUCCUUUGGGAGGAAGCUCGGCUCGCUGAGGCAGCUGUUCUUAGAAAACCUGUGCCUGGAGAACAUUACCAGCUCAACGUUCAAACGGCUACGCAGACUCGAGGUCUUGAGCCUCAGGAACAAUAGUUUGGAGUCGCUGUCACCUCUGUCGUCGCUGAAGUAUCUCUCGACUUUGUAUCUGACUGGGAACAAGUGGCGCUGCGACUGCAACUUAAUCUGGCUUCGCACCUGGCAGAAGCAAGUCGCAAGAAAAGAUCGCAGCCCAGUGGAAUGCAGUUCCCCGGAAGCCCUUCAGGGACAACAAUUGGCAAAUGUAGAGUUACAGAAAUUGACUUGUCCACCUUUUCAAACCAAUUCAGCCACCACCAGCUCCUCUGCAAAUGCCAUGCCUGUGAUAUCUACUCUACCCAGUGAACAACUUUUGCCACAAGCUGCUACGACCCUUCCGAUCACUGUUUUCACUACUUUUGUUACCAGUAGGAUGUUCUCUAUCACAGGGACAACUACACAAAAUAAUCCCACUUCAAGACCAACCUCUGAUGAGAACCAUUACAUACUGGAGAAAUAUGACCCUUGCCUCUCUGACCAUAUUAGUAGCAUUCACAUAAGAACAAAAGACCACACUGCCCUGGUGGUUACUUGGUCUUUCUCUGGAGAUCAUGACCAGUUUGAACUGCGCUACAAGUCUUCUGUGGAUCAGCACAUACUGCGAGUGAUUGGACGUUUAACUGAGAUUGAACUUCACCAUCUGCAACCAGGUACCGAUUACAGGGUUUGCAUUAUCCCCCAGAACAAGAACCUCCUGGAGUGUGCGGCCCCUACAGCCCAGCAAUGUGCCACAGGGCGCACUGGAGCCCAAGUUCCAGCUCAGCACAACUUAGCCUUGGGAAUUGGCGUCAGCAUCGCACUUUUAGCACUGGUGGCCCUGGCUCUCUUUGCCUUCUACAAGUGGCGGAUCCGACCCUUCCAGUUUCAGCGCUACUAUGAUGAAGACGGGCUGCCUUCCCGGCGCCAAGGCACUGCCCACUCCAAGCUGACCACAGAGUCAGUCUAUGAGAACUUAGAAGAGGACAACCAGCAUGUUUAUAUGACAGCUGCCAGCCAAUGGCCUCAAGAGAAGAUAGACUGCACUCCUGUUGUCCCAUCCAGAUUUUCAUCCACACCAGCCUAUGCAAGCCUCUGA